UCCCCGGACACUCCCCGACCAACGGCUCUGCUAGCAUAGCUAUGCUCGCUUCGUUGAGUCGUACAGGGUCUCUAAAGUUGGUGAAAUCAGUAACUCAGUGCGAAUAAAAAAGCAGAGUGCUGUUUUGUGAGUGUUUUCUCUCAGACAGCGCUAAAGGAGGUGAUGCUAGGGGUCGCUGGGAUGACGGGCAGCAUUGCGAAUGCCCUGGUCAGUGCAGUCUGUGAGAGGUGUAAAAGCGGCUUUGCUCCAACUGAGAAGAUUGUUAACAGUAAUGGAGAGCUUUACCACGAGCAGUGCUUUGUUUGUGCCCAGUGUUUCCAGCAGUUUCCAGAGGGACUCUUCUACGAGUUUGAAGGCAGAAAAUACUGCGAACAUGACUUCCAGAUGCUCUUUGCACCUUGCUGCCACCAGUGUGGGGAGUUCAUCAUUGGUCGUGUCAUUAAGGCCAUGAACAAUAGUUGGCACCCCGACUGUUUCUGCUGCGACAUUUGUCAGGCAGUGCUUGCAGAUGUGGGAUUUGUCAAAAAUGCUGGCAGGCACUUGUGUCGCCCAUGCCAUAAUCGAGAGAAGGCACGAGGUUUGGGCAAGUAUGUCUGCCAGAAGUGCCAUGCUAUCAUUGAAGAGCAGCCGCUGAUCUUUAAGAACGAUCCAUAUCACCCGGACCACUUCAACUGCAACAACUGCGGAAAAGAGUUAACUGCUGAUGCAAGAGAACUAAAAGGGGAGCUCUUCUGUUUGCCCUGCCACGAUAAGAUGGGGGUUCCAAUCUGUGGCGCCUGCAGGAGACCCAUUGAGGGGCGCGUUGUCAAUGCCAUGGGCAAGCAGUGGCAUGUUGAGCAUUUUGUUUGUGCCAAAUGUGAGAAACCUUUCCUUGGUCACCGCCAUUAUGAGAAAAAGGGGUUGGCUUAUUGUGAGACUCAUUACAACCAGCUCUUUGGGGACGUGUGUUAUCACUGCAACCGUGUGAUUGAAGGCGAUGUUGUGUCUGCUUUAAACAAAGCCUGGUGUGUCAGUUGUUUCUCCUGCUCCACCUGCAACACCAAACUCACCCUCAAGAACAAGUUUGUAGAGUUUGACAUGAAGCCUGUUUGUAAAAAGUGUUAUGAGAAGUUUCCGCUUGAGCUGAAGAAAAGGCUCAAGAAGUUGGCCGAGUCAUUGGGACGGAAGUGAGCCUCCACCUGAUAACCACCUGUAAGGCCUUUUUCUGUGGUAAAACAUCUGGGAAAUAUGUUAUGGUAAAACAUAAAGCCUCCUUAGAAACCUAAAUAAAGGAGAUUUCUGGAUUUCAAAUGUCGCUAGCAGCUGUGCAAGUUGAUCCAGCUUUAUUAAAACCAAACCUACUGACCCCAUAAGAUGAGAUUCAUUGAACAUACCUUCAUACAAAUGUUUGUCAUUAAAUUACGUGACACUCAUCUUUUGAAAUACAGUUUUUCUGUUGAAAUGUUUCGAUGGUACAUUCCCAUAACUUGAUAUUUUUCUCUAUGGAGUGUUUUCUAAUGUUUAACUCUAUCUGCCCUUUAAUGUCUCCAUAUUAGCCAUAAUGUGUGCCUGUUGUGAAAUAUAUAUUUUAACUGUAUCCCUGAUUACAUUCGUGCCUUAAAAACAAAAACUGCUUUAAUGGGAUUAGCUGCUGUAAUCCAACCUAAUUCAGUAAUUUACCCAUUAUAGCUAUUUAUCUGUGUUUGUCUUUCUGCUGAAUACAAAACCUCUUCAAUGCCUUUGUAUCGUUAACCAAAUAACUGUAUUUUUCAGAAAAAUAGGCUUUUGAGCAAAUCUUUAAAGUAUUAUGUAUUAUAAUAUCAAAAAGGAAUAUAUGGUGUCUGUAUCAUAAUGUUAAACUAACAGUUGUCUUAAACAUGUAACCCUACUAGACGACAUGACAAAGGUGCUUCUGUGUUCAUAUAACCACAUGAUUCGAAAUCCAUUAAUCUAUGCUUUAUGACUUUGAUUUUAUAUUCUUAUAACUGUAAAGGCUUUGGGUUGCUAAAUAGUUUUGGUUUAACCUUUUAACAUUUCAGAGCUAAAAAAAAAAAAGUUUGAAUGAGAGCAAAUGAAAUUAUAUUCUAGCAGCUUUGAGGUGAAAAUGUCACUAACAACUCCUCACAUUGCUUUGGCUAUUUCUAAAUGUCAGUAUGUGCUUAAGAACAAGGCUACACCAAAUAAGAUUUGUUGAAAUGAGGAUUUUACUGUGGAACACUUUGUGUUUACAUUUAAUUCACCAGUUUGCCUUUGAUUAGCAUGAAAUAAAGAAUUGCAUUUUUACUCCUUA